AUGACAUCGCGCAAGACGCAGCAAGAGAUCGAAAAGACCUUCAAAAAGGUCGCCGAGGGCAUUGCGAGCUUUGAAGGCAUCUACGAGAAGAUCAGGACCACGACGAAUACCGCCCAGCGCGACAAGCUCGAGGAGAACCUGAAGCGGGAGAUCAAGAAGCUGCAGCGCUUUCGAGAUCAGAUCAAAUCGUGGGCCGCCGGCAAUGAAGUCAAGGACAAGACGCCGUUGCUUGAGCAAAGAAAAGCCAUUGAAACAUGUAUGGAACAGUUCAAAGCCGUGGAAAAGGAGAUGAAGACAAAGGCAUACUCGAAAGAGGGCCUCUCGAACGCCCGAUUAGACCCCAAGGACAAGGAAAAAGUCGACGCUUGCGACUUUCUGUCCACCAUGGUUGACGAGCUGCAGCAAAGGAUCGAGGCGAUGGAGGCCGAGGAAGAGACGAUUUCGGCAUCGGUGAAGAAGGGCAAGAAGGAUCAAGUCAAGGCCAAUCGGCUAGCCGACAUCACGCACAUCUCGGAGCGGCAUAAGUGGCACGUCAACAAGCUGGAAAUGCUGCUUCGGUCGCUCCAAAAUGGCAUGGUCGAAGUAUCGCAGGUUACUGAAUUGAAGGACAGCAUCAAAUACUACGUGGAAGACGGGCACAACAUCGACUACUCGGGCGAGGACGAGACGCUCUACGAUGAUUUGGUCAUUGGAGACGAGGAGGGCCAAUUUGGCGGUGACAACGACCGAGUAUCGUCACAGGAUGCACUGUCGGUGCAAGACGACGACUCCGAACCACGACCCAAAUCGAAGGUUGACCUGACCACGACACGACGCCCAUCGACCCAGAAAUCGCCUCUCCCGGUUCUUGCAGCCUUGCACCCGACCACAACGACAUCGGCCACUUCGAAUCCCAUGAAGCCCGCUCCACCGCCAGCACGCGCACCAGGUGAGACGCUGAAAUACGCAUCGGCAGCGGCAGCUGCAGCAGCAAGCGAUCGCGGUGUCGGGAUAGCUCCUUUGCCUCCUCCACCGGGCGCCAGUCCGGCAUCGACAGCGGCACUCCCGGUGUCCAAAGCCGGCUCAACGGCGUCUCCCAGUGUGACCUCUGUCCAGCUAGCGUCGCGGAUACUCUCAACACCAGAGCCGACGGAAAGACCACUGCGUAUGGGAUCGCCGGCGCUCUCGCACGCUGCCAGCAAAGCCGCAUCAUCAUCAACCCCGGCUCCGUCAACACCGGCUGUGGAGAAGGCAGCAGAAGUGGGCGGUGGUUCGAAAGCAACGCAGGCAACAAACGGAUCUAGUAGUGCCAAUAAAGAAGAGGAGGAUUCAUCACAGGAAUCGAUCUACCACCUCCCACCAGGGCUCCAAGACUUGAUUCAAUCGUUUGAAGUAACCAAGAGUCGAGGAGAAGCAGGCGUGUCAUCGGCGUCGGUGCAAAGACUGCUUGCGGCUUCUCUCAACUCGUGUCCAGAGCCCGGUGACGCCGAAAAGCCGCGACAUUACAAGCCACAGACGCCGUUCAACACGCCGCUGUAUUACCCACAAGAACCGCUCCCGAUCUUUGAUGAUCCGCGAUUGUUCGACACGGGGCGGAUAGACACGGACACGCUCUUCUACAUCUUCUACUACCAACAAGGGACGUACCGGCAGUACCUGGCGGCCAAGUCGCUCAAGAACCAGAGCUGGCGGUUCCACAAGCAAUUCCAAACGUGGUUCCAGCGACACGAAGAGCCCAAGACGAUCACAGAAGAGUACGAGCAAGGGACGUAUCGGUUUUUUGACUACGAAAGCACAUGGAUGAACCGUCGAAAAGCAGACUUCAAGUUUAUCUACAAGUACCUAGAGGACGAUCUUUGA